AGUCGUAACCGAUAUAGCUAACAAUGCGGAAAUGAAAUUACCACUUCAACCACUUGUAUAUGCGUUAGCAUUAGGAGCUUGCCUAGGAGGAAAUGGAACUCUCAUUGGUGCCUCCGCUAAUGUUGUCACGGCGGGAUUAGCCGAACAACACGGUUACAGAUUUUCUUUCUACGAUUUUUUCAAAGUUGGCUUCCCGGUGAUGAUUCUAACUACAUCCAUAGCAACAAUCUAUUUAUUAAUAUGCCACGCAUGGCUGGGAUGGAACGAUUAAAAGAAGUACAUAUAUUUUGAGGAGAAUUUAACUACUACUUCGACAAAGGAGUGUAAUUAACUUAUAUAUCUACUCUCAGUAUCGUAAAUGAAGGACCUUGCACAUGCCAUUAGAUGAAUUCAGCAUGGUUUUUAUUCAUAUGAGAGUGAACAAGAGCUUUCUAAAAAAUUGCAUUUUAAUAAAGGACCUUGUAGGUUUUACGUGCUUUUAGAAAUGUGAUAUGGUACUGUUGUUGGUCUACAUCUCAUUUGUCUGAUGCAAUAGAACUAUGUACAGUGCUGGCAUCUAUCGGAUUUGCCGAAUGUAAUGGUUCAUUUACAGAUAAAGUCAGGGUUUCCCUACCCGCUGCAGUCAUAUGGAAGUAUUAAAUUUAAGUUAGAAACUUUAUAUAUUGUCAAAAAAAGUUCAGCUAAUAAUUCAAGCAAUUAAUUUGUGGCUCAAAAUCUUAACUUUUCCCCAAAACAAUAAUUUUGAAACAUGAUUUAAAAUAUUAUGAACUAUUUUAGAUAUCGGCAUAAUGUUUUUAUAUUAAGGUUAUAAUGUUUAAAUAGCAGAACUGUGAAAUGAAAGUAAUAAUAUAUUCUUUGAUAAAAUAAUUUUUUUCAGAAAUAUCUAGUAAAAAAAUUAUUAUUUUGCUGUGAUAUGUUAUGUAUACACGUUCAUUAUUGUUUCUUGUCAUUCGUUUGAUCAUUUCUUACUAGCCAAUUCCAAACUUUUCCAUUGCUUUAUGCUUUUCAUAAUAUUGAUAUAUUUUAAUGCCAUUAUUGCAAUUUUUUAACUGUAAUUAUUUUCAAACUGGAUAUUUUUAUUUCAUACUUCAUUGUAUUAACCAAAUGUAUUCUUAAUAUUUUCGAUCCUUGAUUCUCGAAAUAAUAUGCAGAAUUCACUAGAACAAAAUAUGAGAUUUCACGCGUACAGAAUAUCAAAUUUUGACUGUGUUCAUUUCAGUUUCUAAUUUCGUUCAAUAUCAAUACUCAGUUGCAUAUCUUUAAUUUUUGAAGAGUGUCUUAGUGUUUAUAGUUACUUUGUUAUUGUUCAAAUAAAUACGUAACA